AUGUUUUCAACAGGCAGUUACCAGCCUUUUCCAACUAGAAGUAAUUGCUAAGCAGAGGAUCUUAUGUAUCUUUCUACCAUAACUCCUGAAGAUGUACCUCCCAAGAAAAAGCACUGGGGAAGCACCAGCUUGACUUCUCUCGUUACAGACGACAUCGAAGGUGCAAAGCCAGCUCUAAAAGGCUACCAAUACGUUAACAAGCCUGAUUUUGCAUAUACAGCGCACGACAUCGAAAAAGCGCAGCCUUCCAAACUCCAUCAAGCCUUAAAUAAGCCAAAUUUUAACCUCAAUACUAAAGAUAUUUUUAAAGCUUACCCAAACAAAGCAGAAUUCGUGACAAACAGGAUAGGCCACAACCCCCUGAUGCCUGUUUAUAAGCUGCCUAGUUUUGAAACUAGGCCAAUAACUCCUCCCAAAUUUGUCAGAGAUUCUAUACAGAUUACUGAUAUUGAUGGGACAAAGCCUGAGGCUUAUUUUAAAUGGCAAACCAGAAACUCUAUGAAUAUCACAGAUAUUGAUGGAGCAAGGCCAAAACCUGACAAAAAGCCAAAGAAGCCAAAUUUUAUGGACCCAAGGGAUAUAAAUAAAGGUGAUGUGGUGGAAUAUGGCAGAAAUACAAACCCAUUGAUGCCUCAGUAUUCGGUGAGGGAUUAUGAAGGAAAACUAGUCACCAUUGGAGAAGUUGAAGGAAGCAAGCCAAAAGUCUUGAUAAACAAAAGCACAAGUCCACAUCAGAGGCAUUUAAAUACUCAGGAUAUUGAUGGAGCUGUCCCUGGAACUGUAGGGCUAGGCCCGAUAGGGAAAAAAGACAGAAAUGAGUAUAGGCAAACCACAAAUACCCAGGACAUAUUAGGAGCUCAAGCUGGAACCUUGAAAAAAGGGAUCACCACAUUGAGAAGUACACACCCCCUCGACCCUAGCUAUAAAUGGGUAACUGAAGACGAAACCUUGCGAAAUGGCCAACUUACCAACUAUACUGUCGACCAUACAAAAUACUGGGGAUACGCAGAAACCCCAAGACGCGAAGACCAGCUUUCCAGACAAAGCACCCUCCCGCCUCCUACAGGUCUUUCAAAAGACUCCGAAUUCAAAGUAAAUGCCCGCAAAUUCUACGCCAAUGACGAAGAUGACCCAAAUAUAGGUUUUUCAAAAAAUGCUGAAAAAUUUUAUAGUAGCUCGCCUAACCUAAAAGCUGGGAAUAUCUUUUUAAAUGCAAUUAAUCCAGGGUCCAUCAAUAGAGCUAGGCCAAAAUUCAAUGAAAUUGAUGCAGAAACCCAAAGUUUUCAAAAAAAUAUUGACCAGUUCCAUGGGGUUUCCCCAUCACCGCCUAAAUCUGAAGAUGGAGGAAGCGAGGAUAAACCUUUGGACCCUGAGUUUGAGUAUGCAGCGAGCAAAUUCCAUAAUGUAAAAGCAACUCCUAACACAAAUGAAAGGGUUUUUCAAAAGGACGCUUCCAAGUUCUAUGAGCCUAUGACAGGUCCUGCUGCUUAUCAGUUCAAUUUGGCCAGAAAAGAUAUAGGAAGACCUGGAAAGCCACCACAAAAUCCAUUGGAUACCGUUUAUAAGAAAAAUAUUGCGAAGUUUUAUGGGAUGACCCCACCUGGCAGCGUAGAUUCAAGAAAUCAAGGACAAAAUGUUGAGAAAAAUUCACCCAGAAGUAUAGAUGGGAAGAGCUAUAAUGCUGAAUCAAGAAAUUCAGUCAGAAGCCACGAUUCGAGAAACCCUGAAGUGAAAAAUGCUGAUUCGAGGUCUCAAAUUAGCCAAUAA